AUGGGGAUGGGUAGCACAUGGCUCUUGGCCCUGCGCUUCGUUUCUCCUUGGUCUGCGCUCGCAUCUCCCCGCACGAUGACGUCCCUAAGGCCCGUGGCCCAUUUGGCGGCAGACCGUCGGUCUCGAUUGACUGUCCUUCGGUGCACAUGCCCUGGCAGCAUCUCUGCCCGUGCGUCAGCUGUUUGGAGGCCUCUCUACCAGACCCCGGCUACUUAUCAGAACAAAUCGCCUUUCCAAGCGGGUGUCAGUGUCCAGCUAACGCGUCGUCGUCCCGAGGACUACACAUCGUUCGACAGAAGGGGUACUACGCCUUUUGCCACCACUACGACAUAG